AUGGAAUCCCAUGAUAUCAGCGCACCGAAUCCACAGCAGACGAGUAUAACACACAACAACAAGUUUCAUUACUUUUUCGACCUACCUCCAGAAAUCCGCGAGCAGAUAGUUGAGCACGUAUGCCUCCAUCCGGGGGGCGUAUACGUCACCAACGGCCAUGUGAUCAGCGCUCGAGGCGUUGGCCAAACUGCCCGGGAUUUCCUCAAUGACCCUACUGCUUUCGAACCUUACGUGGCAGGUCCGCCUGUAAACAUGAUGCUCACGUGUACGGAAUUGUAUAGAAUUACGAGCGGGAUAUACUACGGCAGGAAUAUGUUUCAUCUUCGCUUGGCGAACCAACGGUCGAAAACACUAAAGGCCGACCAACAUGGCAUCCGGAAGGUCCUCAUGACAGGGAAAGUCGAUAGGUUGCUGCUGAGGAGCUCCGAUACGCAGGAUGACGGCAAUCUUGGGUCAGUCGAAGGCCCAAGGCUGAGCUUGCGGCAUGUCCUCGUUCGUAUUGACCGGUUCGGAGGUGCCUACCUGGAAAACAAGUUGAUACCUGCGCUGGGCUAUAUGAUACUUAACGGAAGGCUUCGCCGCCUCGAGGUCGAAGUCCCCUUGGGCAACGAAGGCCUUGUCCAUCGCGUUUCACCACACUAUGGCUUAUUUGCACCACCACAAGACGCUAUGCGUACGACGAUGUCUUUGAGGCACAACCCGGUGAUGAAAGCGCUGCUGGUGGUUUUGUCGGACCCCUACCUGGAGAAGGCAUCGAUGAGAGUACGCAAGUCGGACAGUCCUUCUUUCUGGUGCCAGUGCCACGCUCCCGAAGUCGGCUCAGGCGAGAAGUCUGACGAUAAACCUCCGAUGUGCUUCUUGAAGCACUUACCUGGCGAAACUUGCUGCCGACGCCGAUUUGACAGCUUCGACAAGAAAUUCUGGGCAGAGGUCAACAUUCCGAGGCUGAUUCAAGAAUGCGGCAUCGACUCGGCUCAGUUCAGGAUCAAGAAGGUCGAGGCCCCAGACCCCUUCUCCUGA